CCUGCCCCGCUGGUUCGACGUAACGAGAUGUCGCUGAUUAUGCGUCCGCUGUUUCGGAACAGUGUCUGCCUCGUUCUGCUCGCGAUGACGGCGUUCUCCGCGCAUUCCGGAAGGACGAUCAGGGCACUGGCUUUCCGCAAGGGCAGCACCUUUUUCUAUCGGCUGAACUACAAGAUAAACUCGUUCCCUUACACCCGCAUCUUCGCGCAAGCGGCGGGCUUCAAGGCGGCAUGGGAAUUGCCGACCGGCGGGCUACGGAUCGUCCGGUCUGUCUCCGACAUCCGCGAGCACGCCGAGCUCGUAUAUGAAAGUCACGGCUUCAACGGUCGCUCCUGCUUACUGAAGAGCAUCUGUCAGGUAUCGCAAUACACGGAGGGACAGGACGGCGUUAUAAGGAAGAUACUGAAGCUACUCACGGGGUCGUAUAUUAAUAACGGCACUUGGCACGAGGAUCCGCUGCUCUGCGAACGUCACGUCGAGGACUGCCCUUUGCAACUGAUCGGGCUAAAUAGUUUUGCAGAGGACGCCGUAUGACCGCUUGUAUUUAUCGUGCAUAAAUCGUCGCUGUGAGUUACG